GAGAAAGGAGAGAAUCGAUUUCAAUGUCAGGAAGUUCAUCAUCAUUCGUCAUGCCUACUUCUGUAACUAGAUACGAUGUGUUUUUAAACUUCAGAAGAGAAGACACUUGUGAAAACUUCAUUAGUCACCUUUAUGGAGCGCUGCAGAGGAAGCACAUUGAAGCAUAUAUUGAUUACGAACUACAAAGGUGUGAAGAAAUUUCACCUGCAAUUCAAACUGCAAUAGAAGAAUCAAAGAUCUAUGUCGUGGUUUUCUCUGAAAACUAUGCAUCUUCAAAGUGGUGUUUGAAUGAACUGACUAAGAUACUGGAUUGUAAGAAUAGAUAUGGAAGGAAUGUGAUACCAGUUUUCUACAAGGUGGAUCCAGCAACUGUCAGGAAACAGGAAGAGAGAUACAAAGAAGCAUUCGAAGAGCAUGAACAGCAGUUUAAGGAAGACAUCAGCAAAGUGCAAAGAUGGAAGGAUGCUCUAACAGAAGCUGCUGGACUCUCCGGUGUUGAAGAAAUUAUAGAAGAUAUUUUGAAAAAAUUGAAUCCUUAUUCUAUCAGUUACAAUCAAGGAAUCAUCGGCAUUGAAAAACAUAUUGAAGAAAUUCGGUUUUUGUUGCGUCUUGAGUCAGAGAAUACUCGGAUCAUAGGAAUUUGUGGCAUAGGAGGAAUAGGAAAAACUACAAUUUCUAAGCAAUUAUAUCACAAAUUUGCAAUGCAUUUUGAUUCACAUAGCCUUAUUUUAGAUGUUCAAGAAAAACUACAAAGAGAGGGAAUACACGACAUCAUAAUAAAAUAUCAGUCUGAACUUCUAAAGGAAGCACCAUCCCAUUUAUCACAUUACAAUGAACGGAUCAAACGGACAAAGGCCCUCCUCAUUCUUGAUGAUGUGACCGAUUCAACUAUACUUAGCAAAGUAAUGAGAGAGCGUAGCUUUGGGAAAGGCAGUAGAAUCAUUAUGACCAGUAGAGAUAGACAAGUGCUAAAGAAUGCUGGGGCUGAUGAUAUCUACGAACUUAAGGAGUUGAUUUUUCAUGAUUCUCUAAAACUUUUUAACUUACAUGCUUUUAAACAAAAUUCUUCAGAAGAAAUCACUUACAUGGACUUGUCAGUAAAGAUGUUGAGAUAUGCAAAAGGGGUUCCGUUAGCUCUCCAAAUUUUGGGUUCAUUGUUAUAUGGCAGACAAAGAGAAGCAUGGGAAAGUCAGUUGCAAAACUUGGAGAAGUGUCAAGAUCAUGAUAUUUUCAACAUAUUAAAAUUAAGUUAUGAUGGGCUCCGUGAAGAGGAGAAAAAUAUAUUUCUUGACAUCGCUUGCUUUUAUAAAGGACACAACGAGAUUGUGGUAGGAGAAACACUAAGUGACUGUGGUUUCUCUUCUAAGAUUGGAAUGGAUGUUCUCAAAGAUAAAUGCCUCAUAUCUAUCUUGGAUGGUAGAAUUGUGAUGCACGAUCUAAUACAAGCAAUGGGUCGAGAAAUUGUUAGUAAAGAGUGUCUUCAGCAUCCUGGAAAACGUAGUCGAUUGUUCAAGGCUAACGAAAUUCAUGAGAUUUUAAGAAAUAACAAGGGUGUGCCCUUAAACUUUCAAAGUCUCAAGAAGCUCUGUAUAAUAGAUCUCUCAAAUUGUUCUUCCCUUACAAUCUUUCCAUUUGACCUUUCUGAGAUUAAAUUCCUAAACAAACUUCGUCUCAGUGGUUGCUCAAAAUUGAAAAAUUUCCCCGAGAUUGAGAACACGAUGGAAUAUUUAGCGGUUCUCCUCUUAGACGCGACAGCCAUACAGGCACUACCUUCAUCCUUGUGGCAUUUGGUAGGACUUCAAGAACUGAGUUUGAGCCGUUGCUGGAAUCUUGAGAUUAUUCCAUCUUGCAUUGGAAGGCUCACCAGACUAUGCAAAUUAGACCUUGCCUACUGUCUAUCACUUCAAACUUUUCCAAGCACCAUUUUCAAAUUGAAGUUGAGGAAACUUGAUUUGAGUGAAUGCGUUAAGUUGAGAACCUUCCCAGAGAUCACGGAGCCGGCACAAACUUUUACUCAAAUUAACUUAACAGAUACGGCUGUUAAAGAACUCCCUUCCUCAUUAGGCAAUUUGGCUAAGCUUCGAUCCCUAAAGCUCAACAGGUGCACUGAUCUCGAGUCACUUCCAAACUCCAUUGUUAAUCUAAAGCAUCUCUGUAAACUUGAUUGUUCGGGGUGUGCCAAAUUAACAGAAAUCCCAACACACAUUGGUAGCUUGUCUUCAUUAAUGGAACUGUCACUGAGUAAUAGUGGAAUCGUGAACCUUCCCGAGAGCAUGGCUCAUCUUUCAGGCUUGAAAUCGCUUGAUUUAAGCGAUUGCAAAAAGCUUGAAUGCAUUCCACAUAUUCCCCCAUUCCUAAAUCAACUGGUGGCAUUGGAUUGCACAUCCAUUAGAGGAGCGAUGUCAAAUUCUCCUGUGCGAAACCUCUCAAACUCCAAAGACAGUUUCUUCCGAUUUCAUUUGACCAAUUCUCAACAACUGGAUUCAGGUGGUCGUGCAAACAUUGAGGAGGAUGCAAGGCUUAGGAUGAGCAACGAUGCAUAUGAGUCUGUGUGCUUCUGUUUUCCAGGAACUGCAGUUCCUCAUUGGUUUCCUUUUCGCAGCGAAGGACCUUCACUGACUAUAAAUGAAGAUUUAAGUUUCUGCAGCGAUGAUAGGCUCAUUGGUUUCGCUUUGUGUGUGGUUUUUGAAGUGUUAGAUACGAAUGAUAUUAAAGGCAGAUGCAGUUCUUUUGUUUACAGCCUAAAAUUUGAAUGUGAUGAUGAUGGCACACAGAUAAUUCCAAAUAAUGAUGUGUUAAACACCUAUUUCACAUGGCAUUUAAGUGACAGAGUCCUUGAUAAAGAUCACACAUUCAUGUGGAAAUUUAACUUGGAGAGCCUAAGGAGGAGAGGCAUGAACCUUAGGAGGCUCAGUGAUGCUCGCAGCUUCACUUUUGAGAUCAGUAUAUGUACAAGUAAUUAUGAUAAUCUGUGGCCAGAUUAUAUUACAGUAUUGACAAUAAAAGAAUGUGGAGUGUGCCCUCUUUAUAGAAGCGGAAGCAGUGUUGGAGAGUCUUCAAAGGAAACAAAGGAAGAUAGGAAGAGGAAGGCAUAAAGCUACUUAGUGGGUUAGUCUCUUGCUUUUCUGCUAAUUGGUCUUCCCUUGGU